UCACUAGGCGUCAGUAGACGGUGGAAGGAUAAACUGUGUCAAGGUAAAGACGAAUCAAGACAGUCAGGUUUGUUUAAGUAGUGAGUUGUUUUCUAUUUUGUUAUCAAAAGCAGAUCGGUGUUUUAAUGGAGUAAUAAAAAAAGGAAGUGAUAGUAGAAAAGAGCGCCGGAGAAAAAGAAGCGGAAAUAAUCCUAAUAAUCCUAAUACUAAUAAUACUACUAAGAAGAGACGACACAAGGAAUAAUAACUUUUCGUUGGAGCAGAUUAAGCUGAACAAGAUGGCGACAGUGAACGACCCCCGGCAGCAGGCACAGGUGCAGAAGGAUGCGGCUGACCAGAACUUUGACUACAUGUUUAAACUACUAAUCAUUGGGAACAGCAGUGUAGGAAAGACCAGCUUCCUUUUCCGCUACGCAGAUGACUCGUUCACCUCGGCGUUCGUCAGCACCGUCGGCAUCGACUUCAAAGUCAAGACCGUCUACCGCAAUGAGAAACGAAUCAAACUCCAGAUCUGGGACACCGCAGGUCAGGAGAGAUAUCGCACCAUCACCACUGCUUACUACAGAGGAGCUAUGGGAUUUCUGCUCAUGUACGACAUCACCAACCAGGAGUCUUUCUACGCUGUACAGGACUGGGCAACACAGAUUAAGACCUACUCGUGGGACAAUGCUCAAGUUAUUCUGGUUGGAAAUAAGUGUGACCUAGAGGAUGACAGACUGGUGGCUACAGAAGAUGGACAGAAACUAGCUAAUGAGUUAGGUUUCCAGUUCUUUGAGGCGAGCGCAAAAGACAACAUCAACGUAAAGCAGGUUUUCGAGCGGCUUGUUGACAUAAUCUGCGACAAGAUGAACGAGAGCAUGGAUGGACAGCCAAGCCCACUGGCUAAUCACAAAGGACCCAACCUAGAGGACACGCCCCCGACCAGCCAAAAUGGCUGCUCUUGUUAAUGAUUGCUCUCUCUCUCUCUCUCUCUCUCUCUCGCUCCCCUCUCUCUCUCACACACACUUACUCACUUACAAAUAUAUGGUAUGCGUAUACCGUAUGCCUAGCCCAGUCUCUCACAGCCACACUCACCUGAUAAACCAGUUAGUAAUAAUGCAACAAAGUGUACAUUGUAAGCAUAUAGUAGCCUACACACAGAGACAAAGCUGUACACUACAAAAACUGGAAUCAUCCUGUUACAGUGGUUCUCAUCUGGACUUACCUUAGGUCUAAUUAUUUUUUUCGUUUGUCCUUCAAAGUCCUGGCUCAAAACCUUUUAAGCUUUUAGAUUUAUUGCACACGAUAAAUACCCCAGUAAAAGAAAACACUUUUGCACUAAAACAGAAGACAGAUUACAAUAAGGAAACUUACUAUGACUCACAAAGAAACAUCGCAUUACUAACUUUUGCAAGACUAAAGACAGCAUAAUAUUUAAAUAUUCCUAUACUACAGCUACUACCCCUGAUAAUAAGGAUAAUAAUUGUAUUAUCACCAUCAUCAUCAUCAUCAUCACUUAUGGAGACCCAGACUCACAGUAUUGAACUUACAUUAUUCAGUGUCUUUAAACAGGAAGACGUUUGGCCGAAGAAUUAUACCCAAGAGUUUUCAUAUAAGGAUCGAACAGAAUAGAUAUAGACAGUGUAGUUGGGAGAAAAUGUAAUGUCUUUAUAAACCGACAUAACAUUACUAUGCCUAUAGAUUCAUAAUACAAAGUCAAACUGGGACUUAAGAUUGUACAGAAUAACAGAACACAGUUUUCUCAGUAUGCCUGGUCCAUGACCGGACUGCCUGCUUCAUGUCUGACAUGCUGGCCUCCCAGGAAUUCCUUUAAUGGCUCAAAUAUGUGAAAAUGACUUGGCAUGAGGUCAGAAUUGUAUGUACCUGAGAUACCAGUAUAUUUUGAGAUAUUUAAAAAUUAAAUGCCACCAAAAUGUUUAUAAUGUCGAAAUGUUUUUCAUUAUAAAAAUGGCUUGUUUUACAUUCAAAGAAAAAAAAAAAGAGAUAUCGUUACUGUUUUGUUCGGAAGCCGUCUUAUGAAAAGCUGUCACACUGAUGUGUCUAUACUGUAAGUGUGGAUUUUCUUUUUCAUUUUUAGAUCCUAGAGAAAUUAACAUCACGUCUCAGGUUUGAAGUGUAAAAAAAAAAACACUUUUGAAUAUCAGCAGCCCAUGAAUGCUGCAAGACACCAUUUGAGAACCACUGAGCCAGAAGAGAUCAGUUGGUCCGACUAUCAUAGACUAUUAUACUCCAUACAUCCAUGCAAAGUGCUUCAGAAAACCAGCCUAGAUGAUUUUAGGCCACAGCAUCUCAAAUGGAGCAAAAAUUUAAGGUUGUGUUCCAAAAAAAAAAAAAAAAAUAAUAAUAAUAAAAAAAAAAAAGGUUGAUAACGUAUUUUACACCUUGCUGAUGUCAUGUCAGUACCAGAGACUGAAUGUAAUGGAAAUAAAUUAGAUUCUUCACCCAAGUUUGUUAUAUUUUACUUUGUAUAAAAUCAGGCCACUGGAUCAGAUUUGAUGUUUUGUGAGAAGGUCCAAAAAUUUCAGCUUUCUUUCAUUUCAACCACAUCAGCUACUGUAUUUUUAGAGCUGUUACGCCCCCUGGUGGACACUGAAUGUAACUUUCGUUUAUCUCUGUAUCAGAGUCGAGCACUCUGUGAUCUCAUAUCUACAGAAUAGGAAGCUGAAACUCACUAUGGAAACUAUGGAGUUUUCCUGCUCCAGCUCAUCUUAUUCAUGUUGUGCUACUCGAGUGAUAUUACAGUAUGUUGGUAUGAGGCAAAAAAAUAAAAAUAAAAAUAAAAAAAUAGCAAAAGCUGAGGGAUCUGCUGGAAAACUAUGAAACUGGCUUAUACAGUAUAUGCUAUUAGAAAUUGUGAACUGUUGUGAAGUAUUAACUGUGUCUCUCAUUAAGGGCGUUUUAAUGCAAAGUAUCAUAAUAGCAUUUUGUUAACUGAAAUCAGCCAUAUCAACCAUAUCAUAUUUUAGUAAACCAAACAUUAAAAUAUCUAUAUUGAAUAAUGAAUUGCUAAAUGUGGCACUUUUUAAAAAACAAAAAAAAAAUCAUCAUACAUUGCAAGAUUCAUAAUUCAUUAUUAAAAGCAAAAAUGCAGUCAGACAUAAACUUUCAUGCCGGAAGCUAAUUGGUGUCUACAUUUCUGGUGUCUAAAUUGUAAAAUUUUCCCCCUUUGAACUUUACCUUCAAAUAAUUGAAUAAUUCAGGUGAAUUCAACAUAACAAUGCUUAGCUCAUUUCAUUUGCCUUUAAACCUGUAAAAUUCCCACUUGGGUUCAGACUUCUUUUUGCUGUCUCUGAUGCAAUAAAAUGCAUUACGUACAUGAUAAGCAAAUUUAUUGCACUUUACCCUUAAAUAACCUUGUGCUUGAUUAAAGUGAUAUGUGCAGUAGAUUAAAUAACAUACCGUUGUUGAAUGUAACUGAAUUCUGAAUAGCAUUUAAGACUUUUUCCAACAGAGCAGUGACUGGGAAAAGUUGCCAAGUUUUAAUUCAAUUCAAUUCAAUUCAGUUUUUAUGUGUAUAGAACUUUUGCAAAAUAGAUUUAUAGAUUAAAAAAAUGGAUUUAAAAAAUGUAAGGGAAAAGUAUAAGUUAUAAUUAUCAGUUUGUGCCUGAUAUGUUCAAGCUGAUGAUGGUGAGGGUGAAAAGGAAAAACUCCCUAAUCUGACAACAGGACGAAACCUUGAGAGGAGCCAGACUCACGGAACACGGAUUCAUACUCAUUUGUUUAAUAUCAGACAGUAUAACCAUAAAUCAAUCCCUGCUAUACUUAUAACUUCUGUUUUACAUUUACAAAUUCAGUGAAAAAUACUAAUCUCUAUGUGAUGGAGCAUGCUUUCAUUAGACAAACUGCUGUAAUAUAAAGAUGUGUAUGAGAUGUAAACAUGAGAUGCAUAGGAUCCAUUUGCAUAAGAUCCAAAAUUCCCCAUAUAUUCUGUACACAGAAUGAGAUCAAAUUUAAUAUCUGUACAAGUUACACAUUGAACCAGUAUCAGUAUGUGUGGACUGUCAAAACUUAAUAAACAACAAAC